AUGAAUAAUAUUUUAUCAGCCAUUUGUUAAGUAAUAAAAUGUAAUGGUAUCAUUUGGAUAUUUAAUGUGAAUGAAGUAUCCCAAUCAUAUUCAUGCUAAGCAGCUUCAUUGAUCUCAUCAAUUCUUUAGAUUAAGAACUCAUCUAAUGUGUCUAAAAUUUAACCUAUCUACAACCAAGAGGAUAAUUAUUAAAAAAACUCAAAUCAAGCUAACAAAAUAUUUUAAUAAAUUAAUGGGAGUCUAUCAUUACCUGUCAGAGUUCUUUCAUAAAGGUAAUCAAGUAUUUAUCCCCCGCACAUAUUGUGUUACUUUAUUAUAUUUAUGGAUGUAUGCAAAUUUAAUAGAAUUUAAUAAUAUGCUUUUAACCUUACAUUUAACUAUGAUACUAUGAACAUUUUUUCUUUCAGGUACUCUUAUUCUAAAAUUAAUAUUGUUUUCCUAUAAUCGUUCCAACUAUUUUCAAUUCCAUAAACCAAAGCCUAAAGUUGGAGCCUUCCUUUAAUAUAGCUGCUUUUUUCAUCUUGGUUUAACAAGAUAUUAUCAAUUUGCUAAUAAUGA